UUCCCAGUAUUCUUAAAGUAAUUGUGAUUGUAACUGUUAUCGGCAUAAACCAGAGAGUUCAUUGCUGAAUGUUGAUAUUUUAAUGUAAAAACAUGGUGUCCUUCAGUAGUUUAUUGACUAUUCGCAAAAUAUUAGGCUCUCAUGGUAUCAACCAGCAUGUUUUUCAAGCCAUUACUAUUAAAAGUUCAUCAGUUUUCUUGAGUUCUGCAACAAAAAAUCUUCUAAAUGUUUCUAUAAAGCGGCAUUUAGCAACUGCUGCUGUUCCAGGUGCAAAGAAAGUAUUUCAGAGAGACAAGCCUCAUUGUAAUAUUGGUACAAUAGGCCAUGUUGAUCAUGGCAAAACAACCCUUACUGCUGCCAUUACUAAAGUGUUGGCAGAUAAAAAGAUGGCUAAACUAAAAAAAUAUGAAGACAUUGAUAAUGCUCCUGAGGAACGAGCUCGAGGUAUUACAAUCAAUGUUGCUCACAUUGAAUACUCAACAGAUAAGAGACAUUAUGGGCAUACUGAUUGUCCAGGUCAUGCUGACUAUAUUAAGAACAUGAUUACUGGAACUUCUCAAAUGGAUGGUGCAAUUUUGGUUGUUGCUGCUACAGAUGGUGCUAUGCCUCAGACUAGAGAGCAUUUAAUUUUAGCUAAACAAAUUGGUAUCGAUCAUAUAGUAGUUUUUAUAAAUAAAAUUGACAGUGCUGAUCAGGAAAUGAUAGAAUUAGUUGAAAUGGAACUUCGUGAUUUGUUGACUGAAAUUGGAUACAAAGGAGAAGAAGUACCUUUUGUUUAUGGUUCUGCUCUCUAUGCUCUGGAGGGAAAAGAUCCUGACAAAGGUGCAAAUGCAAUUAUGAAAUUGUUAGAAACAGUUGAUGAACACAUACCUACUCCUGUACGUGAUCUUGAUAAACCUUUCCUUUUGCCCAUUGAACAUGUUCAUUCAAUUCCAGGAAGGGGUACUGUUGUAACUGGCCGUCUAGAACGUGGUAUCAUUAAGAAGGGCACACCUUGUGAAAUUGUUGGAUACAAGAAACCGAUGAAGGCUGUGGUUACAGGUAUUGAAAUGUUUAAACAGACUCUAGAGGAAGCACAAGCAGGUGAUCAACUGGGAGCUCUAUUGAGGGGUAUCAAAAAAGAUGAAUUACGUCGAGGCAUGAUGCUGUGUCAACCUGGAACUGUUAAAGCGCAUGAUUAUGUAGAUGCUCAGGUGUACAUGAUGACCAAAGAAGAAGGUGGGCGCAAGGUACCUCUUGUUAAACACAAUAGGGCUGUUGUGUUUUCCAAGACAUGGGAUUGUGUAGCUGAAAUAGAUAUACCUGGCAAAGAAAUGGUUAUGCCAGGAGAAGAUUCUGUUUUAACUAUGAGAUUUAUUAAACCUAUGGUCAUUGAAAGUGGGCAAAGAUUUACUUUGCGAGAUGGACUCACCACUUUUGGUACAGGUGUAUUCACCAAAAUCAAUCCUGAUCUUAAUGAUCUGGAGCGUGAAAAACUGAUGAAAGGACGAAAGAAGGAAAAGAAGGCAGCAGCCGAGGCUGAACUCAAAAAAUUGUCUGGAUCAUAAAUUGUUAUACUCAUUAUCAUAUUUUAUUAUGCUAUUCAUUUGGCAGUGUAUUGUUAAAAUAAUAGCAAUUUAAAUGUCUUUCAUAAGAAGCUUUGUCAUCUUUCAAUCAAAAGCUGCUUAAGAAAUAUAUGAAAGUUAUUUUGAAUCAUCUUUAAUGAUUGUAGCAUAUUCAAUGUGUUAGGAAGAAAUAAAAAUAUUUCAAAACA